AUGUGGUGUAGUAAAUAUGAUUAUUUUUCUCUUAAUCAAAGUAUUUUUAAAUUCGAAUCCUGAAUAUGAAAAAAUAAAAAUUUUUGACAAAGAAUGCUAUCUCCGAAUAGGCUUUGUGUGACGUAAAUCCAAAUUAAUAUUGGACACUGAAUAAAUAAAAAGAAAAAAUAGACUGUAUAGUACUAAUGCUAUCUUCUUCCCACAAGCUCUUUGACUCAUUCUUCCCUCUAUCAAUAUUUGGUCUAUCAUUUCCUUACCACAUGAGGGAAAUACCCGCUGACAUGUGGAAUUCUGAUUCACCUACUGUUCGAUACGACCAUACUUUUAAGCAAGUACUACGAAAUCCAUUUAACAAAUUUUAAUUAACACAAGUUCCAUUAUGUUUCUGUGAGUUAAAAAGGGAAUUAUUACUAUUACUAUAUUAAUAAAAAUCUUCUGUUAGAUUUCUCUUACAUUACCUAAAUCCCUUUACCAAUUCAUUAACAACUGAAAUUAAUGGCGGAAGAAGAGAAAUCAGUACAAGAAGAGCUUUCACUGCCAAUUCUACUAGCUGAUAGAGUAAUCAAAUCUGCUCAAGAAGCCGAAUCAUCCAAAAUAGACUGCUCCGAGCUCGCUCGCCACGCUACUCAGCUGAGCCAACACCUCCGAUCAACUGUUCGGCUCACACAAUCCCAGUCACUGUACGAUCGGCCCAUACGCCGUAUAACUUCCGACGUCACAAAAACUCUCGAACGAGCACUUACGCUUGUACGAAAGUGCCGGCACAAGCCGAAUUUACUCCGUCAUGUUCUUGCGAUUACUUCCACGGCGGACUUUAGGAAAGUAUGUUCGCUUCUAGAGAGUUCUAUUGCCGAUGUGACGUGGCUGCUUUCGAUAUUCGACCCGGACGCUGGCCCGACGCUUUCGUUGCCUCCGAUUGCGAGUAAUGAUCCGAUUAUGGCUUGGGUUUGGUCGUAUAUUGCGACGAUUCAAAUGGGGAAUUUGCAGGAUCGAAUUGAUGCUGCUCAGGCGUUGGCGAAUUUAGCUAUUGAUAAUGACCGGAACAAGAAGAUGAUUGUGGAAGAGAAUGGGAUUCCGCCUCUGUUGAAGCUGCUGAAGGAGAGCAGUUCAGCAGAAGCACAGAUUGCUGCGGCUACGGCUCUGUACAAUUUGGCUGAUGAUGAGGAAAGAGUGAGGGCGAUAGCGAAUGAUCUUGGGGUUCAAAUUAUUGUUAAGGUGCUUGCGGAAUCGCCCAUGAGAGUGCAAAUUCACGUGGCAAAUUUGGUGGCACGGAUGGCUGAUUUGGACGAAUACGCGCAGGAAGAGUUUGGGAGGGAGAAUAUAACGAGGCCAUUGGUUAUACAUUUGGGAAUGGAUGUAGUUUUGGAUGAGCCGACAGAUGCACAGCCGCGUAAGACACCUAGUUUGCAUUCUUUAGUUCAAAUAAAUAAGGAGAUGGCUAGGAAUAAUUUUAGUUUGCAUUCGAAUUCGAUGGAUGGGAGUAGUAGGGGAGGGAAGAAAGAGAAGGAUAGGGAGUUGGAGCCUCCUGAGGUGAAAGCUAAGCUUAAAGUAAGCUGUGCAAUGGCGUUGUGGAAAUUGGCGAAAGGUAGUUUGUUGAAUAGCAGGAAGAUUACUGAGACUAAGGCUUUGCUUUGUUUGGCGAAGAUUAUUGAGAAGGAGAAGGGGGAACUGCAGAUUAAUUGUCUGAUGACACUAAUGGAAUUGGCUGCCGUGGCAGAGUCUAAUACUGAACUUAGACGAGUGGCGUUCAAGCCUACUUCACCUGCUGGAAAAGCAGUUAUUGAUCAGCUAUUGAGGGUAAUAAAAGAGGAAGCUGACCCUCUAUUGGUGAUUCCGGCUAUCAAGGCGAUUGGGUCAUUGUCUAGGACAUUUCCUGCAAAAGACACACGAAUUGUCGGGCAUAUAGUGGCUGAACUUGAACAUGGAAAUACUGAUGUUGCUAUGGAAGCAUGUAUUGCCUUGGGGAAAUUUGCAUGUCCGGACAAUUUUAAUUGCGUGGAGCACUCGAAGGCAAUUGUUGAAUUUGCUGGAGUACCAAAGCUGAUGAAUUUGCUGAGGUACGACCGAGGGCAGUUGCACGGGCUUCAACUGCUCUGCUACCUUGCUUUGCACGUUGGUAAUAGUAAGGCCCUUGAACAAGCAAGAGCACUGAGCAUCCUUGAGGGUGCUGCUCGUCAUGUAGUUGCUCUACAUCCUGAUCUAAGGGAGUUAUUUGCCAAGGCGAUCCACCAUCUUACUCUUUAUCAACCCGGAGGUCAUAUGCACAGACAGGCUUAAUGCUUCAUUGUUUGGAUUCCUAUCCAAGUAGAAUGUCCUUAGCACUCCAUGCUUCUCGAAUAAUCAGGUUUGAAGCACUGUCCUGACAAAGUCUUGUUUUGUAUUCGUGCAGAAUUUCAGCUUCAAACCUUUGAAACUGCUGUGCAUUUUGGGUCGAAGCUAUUAGGUAGGGUUCAGAUGAAUCCAAUGGCUUGUGCUUAGACUGUAUUUGCAUUAGGAAAUUCAUUAAAUAUGUAUAAAUAUUUAGUUGAGAAUCCAGUAACCAAAAUGAGUUAUGCGCUCGGUGGCAAGUUCAGAACGCAUAAACUUCAGUCCGUCUAUGCGUACAUUGUGCAGAUUAGGAUUUUCAAACCUAAAAAAAAUGUUACAUUGUUUUUCUAAAG